UCACUCUGCGUCUCUUUCACUAUUCUCUUUGGCAUUCUCGUUUGUUGUGUAUUUGUCCGGUGAGUGUUUUCCGUGCACUGGCGAGAUAAGUAAUAGUGAUUAAUAAUUUGAUAAAAAGGGCGCAUAUUGUUGCACCUUCCAUCAUUGCAUUCCUGAUUCUUCAACGACCGUUCAAUUGUCAAACAGAGUAAAAUGGUCCUUGCCAAAAAAUGGAUCUACGCCAAGGCUUUCUCCGGUUUGCCAACUGCCGAAAACUUCCGCCUGGAAGAAGAAACUGUUGCCGCUAUCAAAGACAAUGAAUUCCUCGCCGAAGCCGUCUUCCUGAGCGUGGACCCGUACAUGCGUCCCUACAUGCUGCAGUACCCCGUCGGCUCGGUCAUGAUUGGUGGUCAGAUUGCAAAAGUGCUGGAAAGUAAGCACCCAAAGUACCCCGUGGGAAGCUUCGUUUGUGGCAAUUUUGGUUGGCGUACGCACACCGUUUGCAAUCCGGACGAGGGUGAGCUGAAACCGUACGUACUACCGGACUUCGGAAAGGAACCCCUGUCGCUUGGUCUUGGUGUACUGGGAAUGCCCGGAAAUACGGCAUACUUUGGUUUUCUGGAGAUAUGUAAACCGGUUGUGGGGGAAACAGUGGUGGUUAGUGGAGCGGCUGGUGCGGUGGGAAGUCUCGUUGGUCAGAUCGCUAAAAUUAAGGGUUGUCAGGUGAUUGGGAUUGCCGGAACGGACGAAAAGUGCGAGUGGCUUAAAAGCAUCGGAUUUGAUCACACAAUCAACUAUAAGACGGCCGAUAUUGGGGAGGAGCUGAAGAAGGCCGCCCCGAAGGGAGUCGAUUGUUAUUUCGAUAAUGUGGGAGGUAAGAUUACGGAGAUCGUUUGCGGACAGAUGAAUGUUUUCGGGAGAAUAUCCGUGUGUGGAACGAUUUCCAACUAUAACUCGGAGGCGGCGAAGGUAACGGAUCCCCAGCGGGACUACGUAUGGAAGCAGCUGAAACAGGAAGGGUUUUUGGUUUACCGCUGGAAGGCUCGUUACAUGGAGGGCAUCGAGCAGAAUCUGAAGUGGAUUCAGGAGGGGAAACUGAAGUAUCAUGAAACAGUCACGGAAGGAUUCGAAAACAUGCCUGACGGUUUUAUUGGAAUGUUGACGGGAGGGAAUACCGGCAAAGCGGUUAUCAAAGUUUAAAAUUUAUCAUUGAAUAAAAUUUUAUAUGCACGAUCA